AAGCAACCGCCAUCUCCCUGGCAACCACCACUACGGCCACCAUUGCCACGACAACAAUUGCCGAGCGCACUCAGGGGGUAUCCCCCUUCCCCGCUGGCCCAGCUCCCCUCCUGCAGCCACCGCACAGCAAGGGCCGCCGCGCCUGCUGCUGCUGGAUCAGAAGCAAGCUAAAUCCGCAGCACGGCUCCGGCACAGGAUGAGGCGAGAAAAAGCUGACUGAUCUAGAUUCUGAGAUGAGUCCAACUCCCUCGGCCUCUCAGACACAUUUCCCAUUAGGACUGACCCAGACAGCUUGCAAUCAGAGAAGAAAGAGCCGAAGUGCAGAGCUCAGAAUAAAGCGCAGAGGCAGAGAAAGGCAGGAUUAUACACAUGGCAGACGAGGAAACUGGACUUCAAGGAAGGUGAAGACGAGGGUCAGAGCAUUCGAUGUGAUCCAAAGAUAGUAGGAGCUAAAGGAGCCAAAGGAGGAACAAAAACAAAAACCCAAGGGAGGGCUAGUCAGGAGGGGCCAGGCUGAGGAGCGGUAGUGGUGGAGGGGAGCCUGGAGACCCGAUCAACAGAACGGGAGAGAAGGAGGGGAGAGAAAGAAUUACAAGAGGACGCUCGGUGAAAGAAGCCUCUUAAGUCCGGGAGCUGGAAUUAGAGCCGCAGAAACUGCAGAGGGGAAGCCACAAAACCACAGUGAAGAUGCCUGCUAAUGGGAACAGUCCCUUGAAAUUGCAAUUUGGUCUAAUCAACCAUGAGGGUCGUUACCUCACUGCUGAGACCUUUGGCUUCAAGGUGAAUGCGUCAGCUCCCAGCCUAAAGAAGAAGCAGAUAUGGACUCUAGAGCAGGACUCUCAGGACACCCAGGUGGUCUACUUGCGCAGCCACCUGGGACGGUACCUGGCCUCUGACAAGGAUGGCAAAGUCACCUGUGAGGCUGAUGGGCACAAUUCAGAUUGCCGCUUCCUCAUCGUGGCACAAUCAGACGGUCGCUGGGCUCUUCAGUCCGAGCAGCACCUCCGCUUCUUCGGUGGCUCUCGGGACUACCUGUCCUGCUUUGCCCAGGUAAUCACAGAUGCCGAGUUGUGGGCAGCGCGCCUGGCUCUACAUCCGCAAGCCAACCUUCUGUCUGUGGCCCGCAAACGUUACGCCCACCUCUCUACCGAGGAUGGGGAAAUUGCUGUGAAUGUGAACAUUCCCUGGGGUGUGGCAGCACUCCUGACUCUUGUGUACCAUGAUGGGAAGUACUGCCUUAAGACCUGCGACAGCCGCUUUCUCAGCAAUGACGGAAAGCUCUUGACGCAGUGUGGGAAGGCCACGGCCUACACGCUGGAGCUGAAGUGUGGGAAGCUGGCCUUUAAAGACUGUGAAGGGAAGUAUUUGUCUCCCAUGGGGCCUACAGGCACCCUGAGGUCUGGACGAUGCUCCAAGCCAGGCAAAGAUGAACUGUUUGACCUAGAGGAGAGCAACCCACAGGUGGUUCUGAUGACAGCUAAUAGGCGAUAUGUCUCCAUAAGACAAGGAGUAAGCCUUGCAGCCAAUCAGGAAGAUGAGACAGACAUGGAGACGUUUCAGAUGGAGAUCGACAAGGAAACCAGGAAGUGCACGUUCCGCACCAGCCAAGGAAACUACUGGGCUCUGGUGGCCCACGGAGGCAUCCAGAGUACUGCCACUGAAGUGUCAGCGAACACUAUGUUUUCAGUGGAGUGGCUUGGCCACAAGGUGGCACUAAAAGCUAACAAUGGAAAAUACAUUUGCACCAAGAAGAAUGGCCAGCUACUUGCUGUCAGUGAUUCCAUAGGUAAGAGCCCAUUCUCCUCCUCCUUCCUCUUCUACCUGUCUAUCUCACUAAUGUACCUCCUCCCUCAGACCCUGCCUUGGACUUCUCUUGUGUUCCUUCUGAUGUGUUGUCACGUUUUCUUAGGUGAGGAUGAACAGCUCAUUUUGAAACUGAUCAACCGACCCAUGCUGAUCUUGAGAGGAGAGAACGGCUUCAUCUGCCAUCACAGGAACUCCAACACACUCGACGCCAGCAGAUCGGUCUAUGACAUUUUCACCCUGCUGUUCAGUAACGGGGCCUACCAUAUUAAAAGUGUGGAUGGCCGGUUCUGGUACGUGGACAGUGCUGGGCUGGUAUGCUCAGACGGCGAGGCCCCUGAGGAUUUCUCUCUGGAGCUCCUGGAACAUGGCCGCCUCGCCAUCCGUGGCAAGAACGGCAAAUACCUGCGCGGAGACAAGGGAGGCACGCUGAAGGGAGACGGACUCAGCCUGAGCAGCUCAGCCCUGUGGGAGUAUUAACACUAUUUAAUAUUCUUCCAAUCCCAAGCUCUAACACUGUCCCCUCUCAUCGUUGAGUUAACCUCUUUUGAGGUGAGUGACAGUUACUCAUCAGGGUGCAGUUUGUCAUUUCAUCCCACUUGUUUUCUCCUUCCUGUUACAAAGAGGCGGGAGAAAGUGCACGAAGAGGGACUGACCAUGCACGUUCAGCCAAGAAAAGUCUUGAUGAAGAGAACAACGUUUUGAUCUCGAAAACAGCAAAAUUAGUGUGAAUGAACAUUUGAGUUUUUGUGUUGUUCCUUUGCAUUUUUUUCCCAAUGAGCAUUUCCUGCAAGAUUUAAUUAUUGUCUGAGGCUAAACUACAGAUUAAAAAAAACAUUUCAAUAAGACUUCUGCUGUGAAACUAAACAUCAGUGUGACAUACAACAGCAUCCUCUUUCUCCUCAUCUUUACCAUCCCAGCCUUUCUGCUGCUCCUUACAGUUACAGGUGUUACAUUAUGCAUGUACAGCAAGGCACCAACGUGGUAAUACAGGUGUGUAAUGACACUUGUCACUCAUUUAGUUCAAGAGGUACAAUGAAUCAGUUACUGUAGAAACAGUAGACGACUGUAACUACAUCUACAUUUCUUCUUUCUUUUAUGAACAUAAAGAUACAAAAUGCA